AGUGUAUCAUAGGCAAGCUUGCCGGUAACCAUUGGAGCGAGGUUCUUUUCGCCGAUAUCUUCUGCAGAUAUGUGGGUCCAGCCUGCAACCGAUAGUGCGCCAGCUCCGUUGUUGGGCCGGCAGUGUACAGAAAGCGGGCGUGAAGAACGGGCUGCUCCGAGUUUUCGACACCAGUUACUGCAGUGGCGCCAUCUGGACAUGUUCGCGACAUUGGCGGUUGUUGCUCUCCUGGUGCUGCAAGCAGCAACCGAGCCCCCCGAAGACCCGAAGUGCCAGUAUGCGUGGGCAUCCCUCGGAACGUCUGGAAAUGACCUUCAUAUCCAUGAUGGCAAACCCGGUCAAGGAGCCGUCGCCUGGGGAACCUUCCAGAAUGAUGUUCAUUUCAGCGGCUGGACAUUCCUGGAGCUGCAGUCCAACGGUUCGUAUGCAGACGACGCUCAGGCGUACGCCGCCGGCGCGGUGGAGGCCUACCUUACGCACGACCUCAUGGAAAAACAGUAUAAGAACAUGUAUAGCCGCUACUGCAAUAAUCAGCCUGAGUACUGCGAGAGGCUCUCGAAAUUCCUCCUGGAAAACCUCAAGUACUCCAAUAGCCAGGAGCACCUUUAUGAAUCUACGGAUCCUUAUUGGCAUAUGGUACAUUUGCAGAUGAAGCAGCUGGCUGGCUUGAGUGAUCACUUCGAGAACAAGACCCUGAACGUAUCGAACGAGUACUUGAACGUCACCAGAGCACUGUUCUUCAACGUGGAAGGAGACCUGAUUGACUUGGAAGGAGUUCUCAGGAGGGUACAUGACGAGAACAGCAUCGACCAGACACCCGCUUGCUCAGCACUCAUCAAAGUGGUGUCCGACAACGACGACAUCCUGUUUGCUCACGACACGUGGUUUGUGUACCGAAGCAUGCUCAGGAUAGAGAAGAAGUACAUGUUUCCCUGGCACUUCACGUCCAAGUCAAGUAAAACCAUUCCUGGUCACACCAUCAGCAUGUCUUCAUACCCAGGGAAGUUGGUUUCUCUCGACGAUUUUUACCUCGCCUCAUCUGGCCUGGCAAUCACGGAGACCUCAAUACCGAACAACAAUGACAACCUCUGGAACUUGGUGAAACCGGACAGCGGUCCCCUCACCUGGGUUAGAGGCAUGGUUGCCACGAGGCUUGCAGUCACCGGUUCCCAAUGGGUGGACUACUUCGGGAUAUUAAACAGCGGCACGUACAAUAAUCAGUGGAUGGUUUUGGAUUACAAGAUAUUUACUCCUGGGUCGGCCAUCGGAAAAAAUACGCUCUGGAUUCUCGAGCAGAUGCCAAAUAUUACGAGGGUUAAAGACGUCAGCGAAUAUCUUCAAAAUCAAAAGUACUGGGCAAGCUACAAUGUCGCCUUCUUUCCAGCCAUCUUCAACAUCAGCGGUCAACCAGACAUGGUCAAGAAAUAUGGGAAUUAUUACAGCCAUGAUAUGUGUCCCCGCGCACAAAUAUUUAGGAGGGAACAAAGCAAGGUCGAAGACGUUGACACCAUGUCAGGUCUCAUGAGGUACAAUAACUACACGCACGAUCCUGCGUCGAGAUGCAACUGCACGCCACCGUACAAUCCCGCCUACGCCAUUGCUGCCCGUUGCGACCUGUUUGACCCCAAAGGCAGCUAUGACGUGCCAAGGAUGACCCGCAUACCAGGCGGGGCCGUUGACAUGAAGCUCACCAAUUACGCCAUGUUUAAAAACCUCGAGUUCAUUGCCAUCAACGGGCCCCCCUUCCACCCCGACGGUUCCGUGCUGCCGCCCUUCCAAUGGAGCACGAGUGGCUUCCAAGAUCUUCACGACGGCCAUCCGGACAAGUGGAUGUUUGGGCCCACGUACCACCGCUGGAAUUCCUGCCCAAACCUCUGAGCCCGUUUUCCUAGACUUGAGUAACGGCUAGUCUUCUGCUCUUGGAAUAAGGAAAGCAGCGAGUAAAAUAAAACCGGAAAAAUGGGGCAAUUUUUAUUGUCGCAGAAGCAAAGAAAGUGGACCUGCAGCGGCUAUCGACAGUGUAAGUGCUUGUAAUAAAAGUGAGAAUAGUA